UAUAGUUUGAAGUUGAAACCCUAAAUUGGUAUUUCCGUGAAUCAAGUCUACACUCUUCUCCUGAUCGGCAGAUCUGCUUUACCAAUUACGAAUCAACUUCACCUAAUUCGAUUGUUUUCCUUAUCCGUGCCGUAGAUCUUCUCUGAUUCUUCGUACAAUGGAUGUCUCGUCGAGUCAACCUGAAUUUGAUUACUUGUUCAAGUUAUUGUUGAUUGGAGAUUCUGGAGUUGGGAAGAGUUCGCUCCUUUUGAGUUUCACUUCCGACACUUUUGAAGAUCUCUCCCCUACUAUUGGGGUUGAUUUUAAAGUAAAACAUGUAAAGAUUGGAGGAAAGAAAUUGAAGCUUGCAAUUUGGGAUACAGCUGGACAGGAAAGGUUCAGAACACUAACUAGUUCAUACUACAGAGGUGCUCAAGGAAUAAUAAUGGUUUAUGAUGUUACCCGAAGAGAUACUUUCACAAAUCUAUCUGAUAUUUGGGCUAAAGAGAUCGACUUGUACUCUACAAAUCAAGAUUGUAUUAAGAUGCUUGUUGGGAAUAAAGUUGAUAAGGAAAGUGAGAGGGUGGUCACCAAGAAAGAUGGAAUUGAUUUCGCAAGAGAGUAUGGAUGCCUCUUUACAGAAUGCAGUGCAAAGACGCGUGCAAAUGUUGAACAAUGCUUUGAAGAGCUUGUUCUAAAGAUAUUAGAAACACCCAGUUUAUUGGCGGAGGUCACCGCUGGAGUGAAGAAGAACAUUUUCAAGCAAAAACCGCCAGAAUCUGACGAUGCUGCUAGUAGCUGUUGCUGAAGAAGUUCGAUUUCUAUGGGAUAUACAGUACCGUUUAAAUCAUGCCCCUGUUUUCCUUUUUAUGGCGAACCAAGAAAUGACAGGAAAAAUGUUUUUUUUUGGUGUUAGGCAUGCAACAAAUGUUAUCUUCUGCUGGUGCAAAUAUUUAACUUGUUAAUGUGUGAAUCUUGAAGACUUCUAAUCUCUUAUGCAUAAUGUUUUUGAAAUUGUGUCCAACUCUUCUAUAAUUACUUUAAAAGAAUGUUGUUUAGUAUUAUU